UCAAUGAUGUUCAACAUCCAGACGUCGUUAUUUUUGGUUUAUUUGCCAUUAAUAAUUGCAGAUUACAACGAAACUUUAAAAGAUAUCUUAUCAAACACCUAUUUAAAUACAAUCAUAAAAAAAUAUAAUUACCCAUUAGAACGUCAUUGGGUAACAACUGAGGAUGGUUACAUAGUUGAAUUACAAAGAAUUCCUUACAGCAUCAAUAAAAACACGGUACAAAAUCGUCCAGCGAUUUUAUUUUUUCAUGGAAACACCGGAAGUGCCCGCGAAUUUAUUGUAACCGGCCGAAAAAGUAUGGGAUUAGUUUUAAGCGAUGAAGGUUACGACAUUUGGUUGGCAAACGCAAGAGGUACAUCGUGGUCGCGAAGACAUCGUUAUCUCAAUCCAAAUUAUAAACAAUUUUGGAUGUUUAGUUUUCACGAAUUCGGAGUUUACGACUUAACGGCCGAAAUUAAUUACAUUGUAAACGUUACAAAACAGGAUAAAAUCUUUUUUAUCGGCCACUCUCAAGGUGGAACCGCAUUUUGCGUUAUGGGAAGUGAAAGGCCGGAAAUGAACGAAAAAAUCCGCCUGGCGAUCCUCGUAGCUCCCAACGUUUAUAAUACUCAUCAAAAAAAUUCGUUUUUGAGGACUUUGGUCGAUAAUAUUGGGUUACUUAAAGAUAUUGUUUAUUCUAUAGGGCUUUAUGAAAUUCCGUUUAAUUUGCAAUUGGGAAAGUUUUUUUCGCAGUUGUGUGUGAGCCGAUUAAAAUUUCUUUGUUCUAUUUAUAUCAAUACGGUUAUGGGGUUUGAUAAGGACCAAAUGGAUCAUGAGUUAUUUACCUGGGAGUUUUUCUUUUAAAACGUUUGAGCAUUAUGCCCAAAUUAUACAAACAAAAAUAUUUAAACAAUUUGAUUAUGGAUCGGAGGGAAAUUUGAAAUAUUAUGGGACGAUCACCCCACCUCUAUAUAACAUUAAAAAUAUCACCGCGCCAGUUGCAUUAAUGUAUGGCAGAAAUGAUGCGUUUGUAGAUGUGGAGGAUAUUGAAGAUUUAAGUAAAGAUCUUCCAAAUGUCGCAUUUAAAUUUAAAGUACCUUAUGAAAUGUGGAACCACGUUGAUUAUCUCUUUGCUAAAAAUGCCACUGAACUGAUUUACACAAAAAUGGUUGAAUGGAUGAAACAAUAUUAGA